AUGGAUCUGGAUUCGCUGGACUCCAACGGACUCCACAGCCACCAGAUCUCAAUCCAGUCAAGCACCUUCAGGAUGAGGCAGAAAAUGGAGAUUCAUAUCAUGGAUGCAAAGCUAACAAAUCUGCAGCAUAUGAUUGUUUCAUGUCACUAUGGACCAGAAUGUCUGAGCAUCUUGUUGAAUCUGUACCACAAAGACUUAAGCAGCUUUAACGGUAGAGAGGCUCCAACCUGGUACUUGCGAGGAGUAACUUAUAAAAUGGCCGGUGGAAAUGCCUCCAGUUCAGACUCACAGGAGCUCAAUGUUGAUCAACAGAAAUACAACGAGGGAUCUGCAGAAAUGCAAGAUCGUGUCUGCAGUUAUGAAGACGUCUUAACUUACUUAAACUUGACCAAAGACAACAGCAGAUAUAUCAUGAGCCGGCCUGUAAAAAAUUACAGAACCACGACAACCGUCAAACUUCAAAUGUUAAUCUACGCCAUCCUAGAUGUGAGAGAAGCUGACCAAACCUUUAUAUCGUACAUUUGGGUUCACAUGCUCUGGGAAAAUGAUUAUAUUAUGUGGAAUACAAGCGAGUUUUGUGGAAUUCCUUAUAUAGAAGUUCCAGCUGAGGUUUUGUGGAAGCCAGACCUGAUGAUUGAAGAAAUGAUCGAGAAAGACAAAGCUCCACCCAGCCCCUUCCUCUGUAUAAAUGCUGACGGCACUGUGGAAUUAAGGAAUGACGUCGUUGUAAUCAGCACCUGCAAGAUGCACAUUUAUACAUUCCCCUUUGACAUCCAGACGUGCAACGUCUCCUUCAAAUCUGUUUUGUACGCAGAUGAUGAAAUUAACAUUACUGAAUUUGAAAACAAGACGAUGGCCACUGAGUGGUCUUUUGAAGCAAUGCGGUCCAAGUUUGAGUGGAUGUAUCUCAGCCAGACAAUCACCACUAAAACUGUCAACUAUUUUGGCUUCAAUCAAAGUGUAAUUGUAUACACGAUCAAAAUGAAGAGGAAAUCUGCCCUCUAUGUGGCAAACUUUUUGCUGCCUGUCCUUUUCUUCUUGUGUCUGGACUUUGCCUCCCUCCUGAUGUCAAACGGUGGGGACAAGAUUAGCUUCAAGGUCACGGUGCUGCUUGCCGUCACCGUGAUGCAGCUUAUUCUCAACGAGAUUCUACCUGCAACCACAAACAACAUUCCACUCAUAGUGAUUUACUGCAUUGGAAGUUUUGGUCUGAUGCUGCUCAGCCUCCUGGAAACGAUUUUGAUCAACUAUCUGAUGGAGAAAGACGCAUCUCAGGACGGCACAGAGCAAAGUCUGAAUGAGGAAAGAGAAACUAAUGCAUCCAUUUAUGAGAAGUUGGCUGAUCAAACAUCGUCAGUCUACAAAGAGGGCAGCGGCAGCCAGCUGACUGAGCUAUUCCUCGCAGUGGAAAAGGUUUCAGCUGAGAUAGGAGUGAUUAAAACAUGUGUACUUCUGUCAAGAAACAAGGAACAGGAGACGCCUGGAUACUGGACCAGCCUGGCUAACAGAAUCAACAAGGUUUUCACAGUGUUUUAUAUCGCAGCAGUCACUGGGUUUUUAUGCACCUUGUUUUUCCUGUGGAUCUCAACAUCGCAAUCAGAAUAA